ACACAUAUGGCUCAAUAUCCUCAUUUCCUCUAUUUUCAUCUUCUAGACAUGCGAGUUGUUGACCGGCCAAUACUCCAUCCCAUACCACAUAGAUGUGAAUAGUCAACUAAAUAAAAAACUAGAGGAUCUUAGGUUACAUUUUCCAGAAAGAAGUGCACCUCAAAACUUCCUUAAUUUUUGUGUACCAAAAUAGUGAAUAAUGAGAACCAGAGACACCCUAUCCCCACACAGGAAAAAUAAAUAAAAAAUCUUUAGUUAUUGUGGAUAUUGGUAACAAAACGGUCAUAACUGUCACAUUUCUUAUUCAAGAAUUCCAUGGCUACUCUUCACUUGCACUGUUUCCGCAUGGUCCCCUGUUCUCCUCCUGCUAGGAUCUCUUCGCCCCUUCACAGAGCUCAGGCAAGGAAGAAACUUUUGCAAUUCCAUUGUCGAUCGAGCAGCGAUAAUAACGAUGAAUAUUUGCUGGAUGCUCCUGUUUCAAUUGGGGACGGCUUUUCUUUUAGCGGAGGAAAGUAUUGGAAGCCGAGUCCUGCUGACGAAUGGUUCAAGAAAGGAAAAUAUGUGAAAGCUCAUCCUGUCUCUGGGAGUGGGGAGAAGGCCAAGGAUCCCAUUUUUGGACUUACAAUGGGUGGGAGUUCGCAGGCAUCAUCUGGUCUUUUCAGAUGGUUUUGUGUAGAAAAUGGAAGCUCUGAGAAUUCUCCCAUUUUAUUACUCCACGGGUUGCCAUCGCAGGCAUACUCUUAUCGCAAAGCUCUUCCCAUUCUUGAGAAAAACUAUCAUGCUAUAGCAGUUGAUUGGCUGGGAUUUGGAUUCUCAGAUAAGCCCCAACCAAGAUAUGGAUUUGACUAUACAUUGGAUGAAUAUGUGGCAUCCUUGGAAUCUCUUAUCAAUGCUCUUACCGACAAAAAGUUUACUCUGGUAGUGCAGGGAUACUUCUCACCAAUUGCAAUCAAAUAUGCCAGCAAGCAUCAGGAAAAGUUAAACAGUCUUAUACUUCUAAAUCCGCCACUAACUAUAAAACAUGCCAAUCUGCCGUCAAGCUUAUCUGUUCUGAGCAACUUCUUGCUGGGCGAAAUUUUUUGUCAGGACCCUCUUAGAGCCAGUGAUAAAACAUUGCUGAGUUGUGGUCCUUACCAAAUAAAAGAAGAUGUGGCAAUGGUUUACAGAAGACCUUAUCUCACAUCUGGUUCUGCAGGGUUUGCAUUAAACGCGAUAAGCAAGGGAAUGAAAAAACAGCUUAAGGGCUACGUUGAGGACACGAGAGCAAUACUUAUGGACAAUAACUGGUCAGUCCAAACAACAGUUUGCUGGGGACAAAGAGACCGCUGGUUAAGCUUUGAUGGUGUAGAAGAUUUCUGCAAAGAAUCAAAGCAUCGACUAGUUGAACUUCCUAUGUCAGGACAUCACGUUCAGGAGGACAGUGGUGAAGAAUUAGGUCAACUCAUUGCUGGAAUUGUUGGAAAAAGAAGAUUGUCAUAAGAUCUAAGCUCUGGAUUGAAUGGGUAGUCCAUCUGUCAAUAUUUAUAUUUCAGCGUGUUUGUUAAUUGUACAACAUGAUGUAUAUCUAAUAUUGUGAUACUGCAUGACAUAACAACAGAAACGCUAAAAUUUUCAUUUUAAGCUGCUUGACAGCUUUUUAUUUUCAGCAACUGUUUCAGACAGAAAUAACUACAGGGUGAAAAUCUUAAGUUACUCUGUCUGUCUGAACUAUUCUAUUUGUUUUUAUACAUAAUUGGAGUUUAUAAAAAUUGACAAUGUCCCUCUGUUAUCAUGA